CGCGCGCGCACGCUACGGAUGCUUGAUGCUGAUUGGUUGAUAUUAUUGCAGAUGAUUAAGAUGGAGGAGAGAGAAGUUAAUUGAUAUCGAAGUUGAAAAAAUAACAAAAACACAGAUUGGAUAUUUGAAGUGUGAGGAUUAACUCCUGGAAAGAUAAACAUUGAUCUGGCAAAACAUUAAAGACUUCAAACUAUGGCCGCCCCUGAUAUGGAUGUCAUUAAGGAGGUCCCUGGUUACAGGGUCAUUCUGAAGGCUGUCCUUAAAGCCCAGAUACGACAGUUGGUUGAGCAGCUGGCUACCCAAACUGAAGAGGAGUCUAUCAUCCUGACGGCAAGCGUGACAGAUGGCACAUUGAGUCACCUUGGCUCUGAUUCUGCUGUUGGUUUCCUAGAGGACCAUGAAGAUGUGAAGUCCCAGUUCCUCGGCUAUUGUUUAAAAAGUCAUCACAAACGAAAGCAAGAACAAGAACAGAAAGAGCGAGAAGAAGUGAUCAGAAAAGCCGAGGCAGAGGCUCUACAACAGCAACAGGCAUUCCAACAAUCCAUGGGUUACAUGUCCCCACGGGCAACCAUGCCUCGAAUGGUUCAACGCUCUCCCAGACAGCAAUUCCGACCACCAGGGGGUGGGGUGAGGCAUCAGCCAUACCCUGUCACAAGACCUAUCCGUGCCUCAGCAACAGCAAUCAGAUCUUCAGCAAAAGUGGACGGACAAGUGAUAAAAUCAGAACCUGACAAUGACGCUUCUAAUCAAAGUGCUGGUGACAACCUUGGAUCUAGUCAGCCCGCUUCCCCAUCUCAGACCUCCGCUCAAGCUGGUGCUGAUGAUUCUGAAUCAUCGUCGUCGACAAUUCCCAAUGAGCCCGGGCAAGAGGGACUUAGUCUCGGGGCUGAUUUGUCCGGGCUAGUGUCAGGUGAUGGAAUGGAGCAGUCAGGGGAUGGUGAACAAGAUGUUAGUGUUAAACUAGAACGAUUGACUGAGUCUGAGAUGGAUGAACUCGAGAUUACAGGUGUUGAGCCCGGGCGACCUAUGCCCUCGGCUCAGGACUGGAACGCUACCAUGUCCGGCAUGGGAUUUGACCCCUCAGCUUCUGGUGCUACCGGUUCCCCAGGAGACUUGGCCGCUCAGCAGGGAUACAAUCAAGCAUUCGGUGGACCUUUCCCAUUUCCUAGAAGCCAACAAGUUGACGAGGAAAACGAAAUGAAAAAGAAGCAUGUGUGUAGUUUUUGUGAGAAAAGAUUUGCUAGAAAGCUGUUCUUGGAAAAUCACCUGAGGAUCCAUACUGGGGAAAAACCAUUUGUGUGUAACCUUUGUCACAAGGCGUUUAGCAUUAAGCAUAAUUUGAAAGCCCAUAUGACUACACAUUUGAACGAGAUGAUUUAAAUGGAACAUUCUUAGCCCCCUGUGGAAUAAGUUAUCAGAUGCAUGUUGCUUCCCAAAGACAGCACCAGUUGCUAUAUUUAGAGAUAAUCUGAGGACAAGGAAAAGUAACAAAGGGGAAUUACUCUGUAAUAAGCUGAUACUUUUUUUGUCCUGAUUAUCACUAGAAAACGUAUCAAGGGUAUAUGAAAAAGAAUCAUGAUAUACUCCAUGAUAGUUAUCAUGUUCAUUGGACAAAAAAAAGAGGAUUUAUUCAGUGAUAAUUGAAGAUAUUGUUGAUUAUUCAAUGCACACAACGCUUGCUGUCAUUCAGCGAUUCAAUUGACCAAUAAAGGGAUUUUAUUUUGUCAGUAAAUAACAUGGCAUGGUUGUAUAAUCUUAGGGUUUUAGCCAGGUUUUCAAAAAGGACAGGGUGCUACAGGAAAGGUACAGGGUGCUAAGGGGAAAAUGGCACAUUGUGUCCACUGAAAAUAAUUUUGAAUUUCAUAGAAAAUGUUAGGUAUUGUGCUUAAUGGAAGAAAUAAUGUCUAUUUUGUAUGAAUUCAUUGUUUUAAUCAAAACAAAAAGAAAUAUUUGAUUAUCUGAAGCAUUUGAUUCUUUGAAGGCAGGAGGGUGCACAUUUUGGUCUCAAUGAAAUUAUGAUUAAGGGUGCUUCCAAAAAAGGACGGGAUGCUGCACCCUCCCAUAACCCUUAAUGUAAAACGCUAUAAAUAAGCGCAUGGUUGUAUAAGCACAUGGUUGUAUAAGCACAUGGUUGUAUAAGCACAUGGUAUAAGCACAUGGUUGUAUAAGCACAUGGUUGUGUAAGCACAUGGUUGUGUAAGCACAUGGUUGUGUAAUCCAAUAGACUCAUUGAUUCACCUCUGACAAACAGCCUCUGACAAGUGACCAGGCGGAACUAGGCACACAUCUGUGUCAUGCUCAAUAAUAACUGUAUAAAAAUUUGAUGUCUUGGACAAAAUACCUUAGACAAACAUUAACCCAUUAAGAUGCAGCUAAAGAUGAACAUUUGAUUGAUGAUAAUGACCAGAAAAAUUGAGCCAGAAGUUGACAAGAACGGCUAGCUAAUAAUAAAAAAAUACCUUAGACAAACAUUAAACCAAGAUGAAGCUUCAGAUGAAUAUACAAGACAAGAUAAUGAAUAAAAACAAAUUGAGUUCAAAGUUGACAAUUACUCCUUGUUUAAUGUUGAUUUUUCAUACGGCCCAUGUUUAUUAUAAUUCUAAAAUGCAAAAACAAGUGUGUAUUUACUUACAGUUUAAUGUGUGGUAUCUUCUUAGUUAUCAUAAUGUAAAGUGCCAUUAAUCUUGGCUUUCAUAGACCUAUAAUUGUUGUUUAUUAUUGUUGUCGCAUUAAUGUUGUCAUUUUUUUUUAGAAACAAAAGAACUAGAAAAGGUGAAUACAAAUACUCCAUUUAAGGAAACUAACAUAAGAGGACUUAAAAGUAUGCUCUGGAUUUUCUUUGAACUGUUAAAAAGAUAAAAUUUAAUGCUUUCUUUUUACAUGUUCAGGUAUGAUUAGUUGUUAACUGUGAAAAACUGUCAGAACUGUUAAAAAGAUAAAAUGUUAAAUUUAAUGCUUUCUUCUUACAUGUUCAAGUAUGAAUAGUUUUUAUGCUGUGCAUAAGUUUGUGAUCAUAUUUAUGAUGUUUUGUACAUAUCAUAUUGUUCAUCUGUUGAUCAAAUAUUCAAUGAAAAAUAAUGGCUAAAGAUUGUUUGUUAGAAUGAAUCAACAGAAAUAAAGGUUUUAUGCAAUGUAGUGGCGUAACCAUUGAUUUUGUGUAAGAACAUACUAACAAUGUUACGUUUUUAGUGGUCUACAUUUUAUUGUGUGAAUUACCCAUUAACUGGAACAGACACUGUUUAUAUCAACCACUUCACCUGAUUAAAAUCAAAAACGGCAGACUGCUGAUUUACUGAUAUAAUGUAUUGGAAAAGUUAAAAAUUACUACCUUUUCAUUGGACUAAAUAUUAUGUUGAGCACUAAACAUAAUAAGAUGAAAUUUUGCUGCACUUUGUUUAGGAAUAAAG